ACAGCGUCAGUUUAUUGUAGGCUAUUUCGAAGAUAACUGGGCUGAUAUUGUCAAUAGACGUUCACUUUCGUUUUCGGCCUUGAGUCAUAAGUCUUGAGUCGAAACUGCAUUUAUAUUUGUUUGUAGGCGUGUUUUCUUUUAUGCCCUCUAUAAAUACAGUUUCAUUUAAGAUUCAUUUUCGUUUCCUGCUUUAUUGAUAAUGAUGAUGAUUAGUCUUUCUGUAUGUCAUAUGGUUGGUUGCGGUCAUAUAAACCCAUCAUUGAGUCGGAAACAUCGGCAGGUGCCUCUCCUUCAAGUGUUAGAAUCUGUAUGGACUAGUUUAAGAAUAAUACACAACAAUGAUUUCAUGGGGAGAGGAUAGUCGUAAAGGCUUUGGUUUAGUGAAGCCGAAUGGUUUAGAUACGACCAAAACGGAUAUUAGUUGCGUUAAUUUGAUACACCUUAAAUCUAAAAUUCAGGCUCUGUCCGCAGGUAACAGUGUGGUCGCGUUUAUCAGAAAUAAUGGGAGACUAGUGUCUGUCGCACGGAUUCAAGAGGACCAAGAUGGGAGAAGAUUCACAGGGAAACUGAAGAGUGUGACAUGUAAGGAGAGGAUUCGGGCUCUGAGUUGUGGAGAUUCUCAUGCUGUUUUACUGUCUGAAGAGGGUCGGGUUCUCUGCUUGGACAAAGCCAACAUUCUCAGCCCAUUGGGUAACCUAUGUAACCGACAGGUAACUCAGGUUGCAUGUGGAGACCAGCAUUCAAUUUUACUAACUCAGGAUGGUCAGGUUUUCACAUGGGGUCAGAACACCAGCGGUCAGCUGGGUUUGGGGUGGGGCGAGCCACGCGACAUGUCCAUGUCCCCCAAGCCCCUGAAGUCUCUAUCAGGGAUCCCCCUGGUUCAGAUCACUGCAGGGGGAGAACACAGCUUCGCUCUGUCCCUUUCUGGAGCUGUGUUCGGCUGGGGCAAGAACACCGCCGGACAACUGGGACUAGGGGACACAACAAACAGAUGUGCUCCAGCUCAUGUUGAUUGCCUGAAUCUGAAGAAGACUGUUUUGAUUUCAUGUGGAGGAGAACAUACUGCCGUUCUGACAAAGGGAGGUGUGGUGUUCACAUUUGGCUCAGGCUGCCAUGGACAGCUUGGACACAACUCUCUCCGAGAUGAACUACGACCUCGAGUGGUGGGGCAACUUUGUGGAUUAAAGGUGACCCAGAUAGCCUGUGGAAGACACCACACAUUAGCAUUUGUGGGGCCCUCCAAUAAGAUCUACUCAUUUGGGCGCGGAGAGCAAGGGCAGCUGGGAAAUGGAGUAAAGAUUGAUCAGUCUGUGCCCCUUCCAGUACAACUGCCAGACCAGAUUGAUGACCAGAAAAUUGAACACAUUUUUGCUGGAGGAAACCAUUCCUUUGCGUUGUGCACUCUUGGUCAGGAGUCUGAAGAAAGGCCUAACAAUCUCAGGUCAAGUGUGGGCAAAGUGACACAACAAGCUAUAGAUGAAGAAAUCAUUGACAAAUGGAACUCGGAAUGUGAUUCAAAGUCUUGGAAAAAAGGACAGAAGGAAAUCACAAAAAUGUUUUCUUCUGCAUCGUGUUUAAAUGGGAGCUUUCUUGAUAAAAGUUGUGACAAACAUUACCAAACCUCAACAAAACAGUCUGGCCUGGAUUAUUCACUCGUCCAAGGCGCAUUCCGGAAGCUGGCGAAAAAGGACAAAGUUUUGACUGAGGUUGAAGCUAUUGUCCAGCACACACUACUUCCCUCCCUGUAUGAGGAGCCCAUUGGAGUGGAGGGCUUGAGGGUCUACCUGGUUCUCCCUGAGCUCCUGAGGGUCCUUCACAAACAGCACAGAAGGACAGAUCUCACCGAAGCUGUUGCUGCUGCUAUCCUCAGACUGCACCCUGAAAAGCUGCAGGUCCUCGGUGACUGCUGGUCCUCAUUGAAGCCGUCUGUCAUGACCAAGCACAUUGGGGUGUGGAAGAAGGCCCUGUCGGGGAUUCUGAGGAGUGAACAUAUUCUACGCACUCGUGAUACUGGGAUCAAGCACCUGCUCCAGGUCCUCGGCCAUCUCCACAGAGCAAACCAGAAAUCCGUAGAGACCCAGACUGUUCCAGACAGUACCUUUUGUAUGGAGGAAGUUCACUUCAAUAGCAUAUUUCUAGCGGAGGAUGUAAAGCUUUGGCGUUUAUGGUCAAAGCAGGAUGUGGAUCAGACACCUGCCAUCUUUUGUUGUUACCCAUUCUUGAUGAAUCUGCAGAGCAAGAUACACGUUUUUAACAUCAACGCCACACUCACAAAGAAUCCCCCUAACAAUCCCCAAAGGACUGGCAUGUGGCCUUAUGACAUGUUCCUCGUGGCGGCGCCUGCUCCGUUCUUUGAGCUGAGACUGAAUAGAGCAUCACUCAUAGAAGACACUUUCCAUCAACUGAGUGUAGCAUAUCACAGUACCUUCAAGAGGUCCCUUGUGGUGUAUUUCGACGAGGACGCGAAGCUGACAGAUGUCUACAAAAGGGACUUCUUCCUCCAUUUGUUUGAUAAGCUGUUGGUACCCGAGUCUGGGAUGUUCAUGUACAACGACACUAAGACACUGGCCUGGUUCCCUGCAAAGCCUAGAGUGGAGGAGAAGCGUUAUUUCCUGUUUGGGGUUCUGUGUGGGAUGGCCCUGUACAACAACAACAUGGUGCACCUCCCCUUCCCCAUGGCCUUCUUCAAGAAGCUGGUGAACAUCAAUCCCUCUUUAGAGGACCUGAGAGAGUUUAGCCCCAUUGAAGCAGGGAGUUUGCAGUACAUCUUGGAUUACCCUGAUGAUGACGUUGAAAACAUGGACAUGACUUUCUCAGUGAUGUGGGGUGAUGUAGCGGUGGAACUUGAUCCCAAAGAAACUGGAAAACCCGUCACAAGUGCCAACAAGAAGGAGUUUGUUGACACCUAUGUGAACUACAUCUUCAACCAGUCAGUAGAGGUGGUGUUUGAAGAGUUCAGGAAAGGCUUCUUCAAGGUGUGUGACAAGGACGUGGUGGAGUUCUUCCAGCCAGAGGAACUGAGGGGAGUGAUGGUGGGGAAGGAGAAUUUCGACUGGGAAACGCUGAAACAGAACACUGUGUAUGAAGGAGAGUACCAUGCUGGGCAUCCCAACAUCGUCACAUUCUGGGAGGUGUUUGAGGAACUGACAGAGGAUCAAAAGAAAGCGUUCCUGUUGUUCCUGACUGGCUGUGAUCGUGUGCCCAUCCUGGGUAUGAACCAGAUCAGGAUGAGGGUCCAACCCCUUCUCAACUCCUCCCAACAGCAUUUCCCAGAGGCGCUGACCUGUCACUCUCUGUUGCAGCUGCCCAUCUACCCCUCCAAAGAGACACUACAGAGCAGGCUUAUAGAAGCUGUUGGCCACAACAGAGGCUUCUGGAAUGAAUAAUGGGUGUAUAAUGUUGCUGCUGUAUAUAGUCCUCUCCUGUGUUCAUCUUUUCAUUGCUCCAUAGUUGAGUUUUCAAAUCCUAACUUGAGAUCUGUGCGGUACUAUGACAUUAUCAUAUUGCAUUCACCUAAUUUUAUUAAAACAUUUAUAAAUCAAAAA